CGAUCACUCAUCCAUGUUCAGGCUUCUGAUAUUUCUACCUUCACCAAUUCCAUAAAAACAACUCUCUGUAUUUUUUUUGUUUUUUUCUCUUUUUCUUUUUUGCUUCAUUUGGGUUUCUUUUUUGAAAGUAAAGUCAUGUUGGGGAUAUUCAGCAGUUCCAUCAUGUCGCCACCGGACGAGUUAGUCGCCGCCGGCAGCCGUACGCCGUCGCCAAAAACCACAUCGGCGGCUCUCUUGAACCGGUUCGUCCAGACCAACUCCUCCGCCGUAUCUCUGCAGCUGGGGGACCACGUCCAGCUUGCUUACACUCACGAAACUGAAUCCGUCUUAUGCCCCAGAUCGUUCGCGGUGAAGGACGACAUCUUCUGUUUAUUCGAGGGAGUUUUGGACAAUUUAGGGAGCCUCCGGCAACAAUACGGCUUAGCCAAAUCGGCGAACGAGGUGAUUCUGGUAAUCGAAGCUUACAAGGCCCUCCGUGACCGGGCCCCCUACCCGCCCAGCCACGUCGUCGGCCAUCUUAGCGGCAGUUUCGCAUUCAUCGUCUUCGACAAGUCCACCUCCACUCUCUUCGUCGCUUCUGAUCGGAAUGGGAAGGUUCCGUUGUAUUGGGGAAUCACUGCCGAUGGUUACGUGGCUUUUUCCGAUAACGCCGAUCUGCUCAAAGGCGCUUGCGGGAAAUCGCUUGCUUCUUUCCCUCAAGGGUGUUUCUUAUCUACAGCAGUUGGUGAACUGAGAUGCUAUCAGAAUCCUAAGAACAAGAUCACUGCUGUUCCUGCUAAUGAAGAAGAGAUAUGGGGUGCAACAUUCAAAGUGGAGGGGCCUGCAGCUUUGGCAGCCACACGGUGAGGAGAUUUUAUAAUAGCGCGGUGGAGAUUUUCAUAUAUUUGUGUUUUAUUUGUGGUUGAGAAUGCAGAUCAGAAGAGGGGGGUACCUAACAGACAGAGAUGUGUUUAUGUCUGAACAGCUGAGGAAGAUGGGUGUUGUUUUUAUCUGUGUUCUUUUUGCUUGUAAUCUGAUGUAAAUCCCUUUUGCUUUUGAUGUAAUAAAGUUUGUGACUUUGUAGAAUUAUAAAUGGAAACUUGAAUUUCCCACCA